GACCGGUAGUGUAUAUUGAGGAACUAUUGUAAUUCUCAAUGGAUGUAAAAACAGUCUUUGUUUGCUUUCUGUUUUAGGUGAAGUAAACAUUAUUUGAGAAGCUCCACAGCUCAUUAGUGGUGGUGCGUUAAGCCAAUCAUAAAUACAAUCAGAUCCCCAAAUGGGCACAUUUAUAUGCCUACAUUUGCACAUAGGCCAGGUAGCAUAUAGGCCUACUUCAGUGCAUAAUCAGGUGCGCGUCCUUACUCAACAUUGACAGGAGCGCUCCAAACAAAGAAGAGAAUAACUUGGCCGCGGGCGACCAUCAACCAGUCAACUAAUUGGGGUCAGCACUACCACACACUGUUGCUUGUGUUUAUGAGAACUAAGUGUCAACUCACCAUGGGUCUACUACAGACUACUAUGGGCCAUACAAACAGUACUGUUGUGAGAAACGGCAAACAGAAGUCAAUGCUGUAUGGAAUUUACACAUUGUUUGUUUAACCUGGAGGUCCAGCUGGUGUGGUGACAUUGGUGAAUAGUGUCGGAUUCAGCUGAAAUGUAUUUUCCUACUGAUGGCCUCUUCCAUGGAAGGGAAGGGGCAGAAACAGUGAGACAGGUGCUCAAACCAGAACAGCUGCUCAAGCCACACACACUCCAACGCUCACUCACUCACUCACUCACUCACUCACUCACUCACAGAUCAAUGAUUGAAUAAUCAAUUGGGCUUAGAAGGAAGUGAAACAGGGUAAAGGUCAUAAAAACUUGACUGUUUGGAAUAAAAGUGUUUUUCUUUUCACAGGGUCACGUCCUUUAAGGAGCUUUGAGUCAGCUGAGAGAUCAUGUGAUGGAAAAUUCCGCUGUGUGCAUCAACACUGUGUUCUCCUUUAGGAAUGUUUGACAAAGACACACAACGUUUCCAUCCUAUUCAGAUAUUCAUCUAGUUUUAAGACCCAUCCAUGCCCUUAAUCAGGUAAACUGUCCUGUCCAAAUCAAAAUGGCUUCCCUCCUGCAGUAAGGGUCACACAUUAUUACAACAGGUAAUUUUAAUACAGGUCACCACCAGGGACUGGCCACACACGUGACACCAACAGAGGUUACCUAAUGGAAAUUGUGACCUGUACUGUCUUACUGUACUCACUGAAGGAUUUGCGUGGUAGAGAUAUUUGAUUCACAAAGCCUCAGGCCUGGAGAGAGAACAGAGCAGGUAGUGUGUGUGUUCUUGCACAAUAGUACCAGACUGCAGCUGGUAGGCUUAAAGCUACAUGAUGUAACACAUGAUGCAAGUCUAAGAAGCGGUAUAUCUGUUCUAUGUGUACUAUUUCUAUUCUUCCCGUUCUUAAGUUUUGUUUUUGCGGCUUUUACUUUUGUGCACCAGCUUCAAACACCUGAAAAUACAAUAUUUCUGAUUAUAGAAAAUAUAUUUCACAGCGGUUUAGAUGGUACAAUGAUUCUCUACACUUGUUUUGUCACAAACUGAAAUUAGGCGAUCAAUUCAGAAUUUUAGCAAGCAGGAAAUGGUGGAUAGAUUUCUGCAUAUUGCACCUUUAAGUACUCUGCCUGAGUACAACCUCUGUGCACUUGUCUCUCUCUACGAUGUGCUGGGGGGACAGAAUCUCUUUGUUGUCUAGUCUUUGAUGUAAAGGUGUGCGUGCGUCUGUGCUGUCUGCUUUCUGGUGCUCUUCAUAACUAUCAGUGACACUUUGGUCUUUCCUGCUGUUUCUACUCAGAUCAGACAAUGAUGGAGUGUUCUAGAAUAUAAAACCAGUUCUGAGGUUCCACCUGUCACUGUCUGAGGUCAUACUCUGCUGUUCUAGGUUCUGUCUUCUAGCCGACUGGCUUGUCAAUCACAGCAAACGGCUAGUAUGAUUUGUUACUCACUACCUUUCAUGUAGCAGCAGCUGGAGACGACAUCUCAGACAAGAGCUGAUGAUCUCUGCAUGCAGAAUACAAGUAGUGUUGUCAAAAAGUGUCAGUCGAGGGUCCAGACACAAUACCUCUAUACUGCUUGCAUGUAGGCCUGUGGGUGUAGUCUUGAGAAAAUGGAUGUGUAGGCUAGUUUUAAAGUUUGUGGGUGUUGUAUGGAAACAUGUGCCUCCCUCCUCUUCCUCCCUGCAGAGCAGCUGAGGUUUAAUGUGAGUGUUUGUGUUUGUUGUUGUUAACCAUCUCCAGACCUCUGUCCCACUGUGUGUGUGUGUGUGUGUGACGGUGUACAUGUGUGUUAACCAUCUCCAGGCCUUUGUCCUACCCUGUUAGUUAGUCUCACACACACCCACACUAUCUCUUUCAGAGCCACUUUGCAUAACACUCAUUGUGUGUGUGUGUGUGGGGGGGCUCUCAGCCCUGCAUUUUUUCCGUCCUCUCUGUUUUGGUUUCAUAUUCCCAUUUUCCAUUCCCUCACUGGAACAUUUGUUUCUAAGACACACACACACACACACACACACAGAUUGUCACUUCACUACUAACACACAAACAAGUGUAUACUACAUUUAGCACAUACAUUAUAGACACACAUGCUGAGCCUUUACUUUAGUCUCUCUCUCAUACACUUUUCCUCUCACAGCACCUCAGUGCUAUUAAUACCACUCUCAUAAAAGCUUCUGUGUUAUCAAGCCUCCAGCCGCGUACUUUCCAUAAGGACCAGUUCUCCUUCAUCUCUCUCCUUCCCUUACUCUCCACACAGACCUCUGUUUUUCAGGCUGUCUCUCUCCCUUUCUCUCAUGUACUCUGUGCUUCUGCCACCUCUCUCUUUUAGUCCAUCUCUCCUUCUCUCUCUCUUUCUCUCUUUCUCUCUCUUUCUCUCUCUCUCGUCUGUGUCUCUCUGUAGUGAAGCUCUCGGGCGUAUUUAUACCCAGAAUGACGUGUGUUUUCCACGACUGACGCUCAGCAGGCCAGAGUCAAGUGCCCCGAUAAGCUGAUUCAGUGUGUGUGGUUUUAUUGUGUCAGAGUCAUGGACCCAGUUUCUGAUUUGCACAUAUUUUCCAUUCACAACUAAGCAACAGAUUUGUCAUAUGUUUUGUGUGUGUGUGUGUGUGAGAGAACAAGAGAACAAGAGAAGAGGGAAGAGAUUAACACUUCAGUCUGCUAAGGAUUGAUUUUGUUAUUUUCCUGUCCUCUGUCUCUCUGUCUGUCUCUCUCUGUCUCACUGCCUCUCUAAUUAGUCAGCAAAGGAGAGAGGGAGGGACCAUGUCUGAGUGAAGGAGGGAGGGAAGAAAGGAAGGACACACCCCCUGUGUCAGAGGGUUGGCUGGGAGUGAAUGAACCAUGGAACGAAGGAAGAAAAGGGAGAGAGGGAGGGGCUGUGGUGUACGUCAGUAGUUGUGACUCUCAUAUAAGUGGCUGCAGAGGCAGAGAGAGCUAGAGACCAGACAGACAGAAAGAAGGCUGUAUUAUAUGAGACUUUUACAAAUGCUGGCCAUAGUCUUGUUGGAAUGUUCUAUAGCCUAGACGGAGGACUGUUUUCAGCUGUCGUGUAGCUGCCUGUCUGUCCUACAGACCUCACUGCCAAGGGUGAGAGCUAUCGCUAACGUUGCUAACUCUGGAUCUGGUCUAGCUGCUCAGUAACUAACUGGUUCCGGCUUGGACAUCACUGGACAUUUUUUGGGGGUUCUUCAUUUGGCCAGGACUGCAGUCUUUUGCAGCUCUCUUAGUGGGGUGUGGACUGUACAAACAGAGAGAGAUAGAGAAGAGAAAAGGGGAAUUUGAAGAGGGGAAUAGAAGAGGAGGAAGUAAGGGAAACGGGAAAAAUAUUUUUAAUUUUUUUUGUUGUGGGAACGAGAUCUCCCUCAACCCUCACGCUGGGGAAGGCGGCGCAAACCCCCCACACCUGUCAUCUUCAUCCCGGCCCCUCCUCACAAACUUUGACCUCCCGCAUUAUCAGGUGGAAAGGCCUCUGCCUCCCUGCCCUUCCCAUCAUGCACCUCAAGACCACCAAGUGUAACGCCUUCUGCCUGGUUGCCUCGGUGACCAACCAGGAAGUGUUUGACAGGCCUGAGUCCCGGACCAGUUUUGAAUCUCUGUUCCGCUCCUUCGACCCGGACGUAAACUUCCAGUUCUUUAAGAGUUUCCGGCGUGUGAGAAUCAACUUCAGCGAUGCGCUGGCGGCCGCUGAGGCACGGCUCCGACUGCACAAGAGCGACUUCAACGGCAAAGAGAUGCGCCUCUACUUCGCACAGUCCGUCCUCAUAGGCAGUCCCCGCCUGGAGCCCCCUAAACCAGACAAACAGUUCCUGAUCUCCCCCCCAGCUUCGCCACCGGUGGGGUGGCAGCAGGCCCCGGACGCCGUGCCCGUCAUCAACUACGACCUUCUCUGUGCCAUCUCCAAACUAGGGCCAGGUGAGAAGUACGAGCUGCACACCGGCACCCCCACCACCCCCAGCGUAGUGGUCCACGUGUGUGAGAACGAGCAGGACAGCUCGGGGGGCGAAGACGACACAGAUGGAAGCACCAGCAGCAGCAACCGCCCCCCUCGCCCCAAAAUCAUCCAGACACGGCGUCCGGACAUCACCCCCGGCGUCAUGCAGUGAGCGGAAGAGAGAGGGGGCGCUCUAACAUCCACAAAGCAUGUCUCCCACAUCUGCCUCUCAGAAGUCAAUGACAACCUGGCCCUGGGAGGAAGCUGUUGGGACAUGUAAUACAUCCUCUCUAACACUAGGGGGAGUCGCCUCUCAAAGCCCUGCCUUUUCAUGGAGAGAGAGAGAGGAAAAGAGAGCUAGAGACAUUCAUCUCUUAUCAUUUCACAUUUAAUUUCUCUUUCGUCCUCCAUUUGGAACAAUAUUAGACACUUGAGAAAAGGAGAAGUAGACAGAGAAUAAAGAGCAAGGGAUGUUUUGAAUAUUUUUGCUGUAAAACAUUUUUUUUACUUCCUCAUUUGCUUUGGAAUUGUUGUAUAUGUUCGUGGUCAGGCAUGGUAGUGUGAGAGAGAGAUGUUGUAGUCUUCUCUAGAGAGACACCGGGGGAUCAACUUCCUGUGUACUGGAUCCAUCAUUUUCUUGUCUAUAAGAUGUGUGCGCAUGCUGCAGUGGAGGCCGGCUCAUAAUAAUGGCUGAAACGGCGCGAAUGGAAUGGCGUCAAACUAUGUGUUUGAUGUAUUUGAUACCAUUCCACCUAUUGCGCUCCAGUCAUUACCACGAGCCAGUCCCAAUUAAGGUGCCGCCAACCUCCUGUGGAAAGCUGCCAUCACCAGCUCAGCGAUUUACAAUGUUUCACUCAUCGAGGAGUACAAAUUACAUUCUAUUUGAUGACAUCACAAUAGACCUAAUUAUUAUUCAUGAAUAUUCUAAUGCCUAAUGGUCUUUACUCCAGGCCUAACAUUUGUAAACAGAACACUUCAGAGUUACUUUCUUAGCAAAUGAACCUGUCAAGGAGUGAAUUCUAUGAAAGGUACUUGUUGUUCAAUAAUAUGUCUCCAAUAAUGACUCAUCUGCUUCCAUAGCAUUGAGAUAUGUUAAUGUAUGUUAAUACAAGCUCCCCUCCUAGUUCAUCCUUCUUUGACAGAACUGGCUGCCAUAUCACUCUGAUCACACGGGGCAGGGAUGACCGCCUGCAUGGGUCUUCAUAGCUUACUGUACAUUUUUGCUGCACAUCUUCCUGGCCAGUAUGGCUUGUCUCACUUGACUUACACCGCUAUUUUGGGGCCGACUGGGGGCCAUUAGGGCUCUGAACUGCAGUUACUGUAGGAGGGUUGGUUGUGUGCGCUGCUGUCAGAGGGAGGGGGGGGGGGGGGGUUCAUAGGUUGUAGUGGGAGGCUUGUGUAGAUGCACUGUGAAAUGUUUAAUGCAUGCGCCAUCACAGCACAUCUGGAAUGUUAUCCACCCCAGCAGUUUGGAGUUGCAUUAGUCAUUUAGCUACUUUUGUACUCAACUAUUGAGAUUCAUUAUUAUACUUUGAAUAAUAAUCUAGUGAGUUAUCAUGUAAUAAAGACUUCACCGCUAAAGUCA